UCUUGAACCGAUCGGUGUUGGUUCCGCCUUAAACAGUGCAGCUUACCGCAACUCGCGGAUCGCGGGUGUGUUGCGAACAAAGUGUGGUUGACCCUCAACAGUACAGGGUACCAAAAGCCGACGAGCCGACGAACAUAUCGGCCCUUGGCUCUCCCAUCGGAGUGCCCAGCCUUCGACGUCCGGUGCCACCGAAUGGUGGAUCACUGGAUUGCUUCCAUCCCCGAUGUUGGCCACGGCGUGCUGCCACCGCGGUGGUAAACCAGUGAUGAUUGAACCAACGGCGCAGGGCGCUAGGAGCACAGUAGCGAGAAUCGCACCAUGUACCCUCCACCACUAACCCGGAUUUGAUUAGUUUGUGAUCGAUUGGCUUUGCGCGCAAGGGGCGAAAAAUUUGUAAGCAAACAAAAAUAAAACAAGUGAUCAUCCCGUAGUGAUCGAUCGUUGCUUUCCUUACGAUCGCUACUUUCGAUUGGCACCCGAGGCUAGUAGCGAGCGAAAGGUAGAUAGUUUUGGAGUGAUUGUCGUCGUUGUGGAACACUUCAUUCUGAGCACCGGACUGGUAAACGAGUGAUCAUCGGCAUCAUCGUCACCAAAAAGGACCCCAGACACACACACACACAGGAUACGCAGGAUACUCGAUCUAAAAUGAAUAAAGGUCGCUUAUCAACACGUAUCUGCCUGUGGCUGGUCGUCAUGGUGAUGGUCAACGCACCGCCAACUGUCAUCUCGCAGCCGUGCAGCGGAGUCUCGAGUGGAUCGUUGGGAAACGCCCUCGCACAGCAACGCACAAAGGGCAGCGCCCGUGCCGGGUUCGGCCCGCCACCCGCCGCGAUAGCAUCGUCAACACCGACGGCUAUCAAGAAGGACCUCUUCAUGUCGCGUGGCUGGGGUGCAUCGGGGAUGCCGUUCUCGAUGUUCUAUCUCAACCACUACACGAAGGCACAGAAAGCUUACGCACAAACCCAGCAACAGCAGCAGCAGCAGCAACAGCAACAGCAGCAGCAGCAACAGCAGCAGCAGUUACUACAGCAACAACAGCAACACCAGCUGCAACACGAACAGCAGGCCCAACAGACGGCGUCGCUAAGGAUACGCUCGCAGGACGACACACCGCUCAUUCGAACCGAAAAAGAGUUGGCGGUGGCGCCGUCGCUGGUUGAAUCUGCUGGUCAAACGCUCGGUGCCAAGCAACUCCCAUUCCCGGACCGGUACGGCGAAACGGCAGGAGCCGUACACGCGGAAAAGCUUCGGACUGAUGCCGAUUACGUUGACAACAACGGGGGCGCCACGGUGAGGGCGGGUGCGAAAGGAAAUGCCACACGCCGCCAAUACACGGUUCCGCAGCUGUUCGUGUCGUACGGCUGGGGGCCGAUGGGUUAAGUGGGUUUCAUUUGCUCUGCGCCUACUUUGUUGUUCAACUACUCUCCACAAAUUCCUGCCAAUAAGUGGGCCGGUCUUGGGCCCACUGUUUUGACAAUGGACGUUGGAAAAGCGAAGAAAAUUGGAAGAUAACAAAACAAACGGAGGUGGAAAAAGAAUUUCACAAAACAAAACCUAACUUUGUGUACCCUAAUACUUCAUUCUAUGUGUAAUAAAAAGAAGCAUUACAAUUAGUGUUAUAUAUAUAUAAAAAAAUACAUUAUGAGCAGCAUCGAAAAAUCGAAUCAAUUAAAUUGUUAAAAAUGGUGCACCCAAUAUAAGAACAAAUUGGAAAAU